UCUUCGUCGAAGCAAUGUCGCUCUCUCUUCCUUCCAUUGACCUACGUACUUCGGGGUACUCGACUACUUGAUCGUCACCCUGUUUCCCACGCCUCUCCCUCUCUCUCUCUCUCUCUCUGCGAUCACCUCUGCGCAAAAAACCAUGAGUGGCCCGGUCGAGUCCCGGCCGAGGAUCGGGGAGGUGGAGGAGGACGUGCUGACCAGCAUCCUGGUCCGCCUCCCCCUGAAGACCCUGCUGAGGUGCAAGCUCGUCUGCAGGCGAUGGCGCCACCUCAUCUCCGACCCCAUCUUCGUCUCCGAUUACUCUUGCCGCCACGCCCGCCUCCACUCCUCCGGCUUCUACCUCCAAAGGUUCUUGCUUUAUCAGCUCAACUCUUCCCUCAAGUUCGUUUCUUGCGACCCCCAAAAUAAAGCCGCAAUUGGUUCUGGUCCUGACUCUGACACUGACCCUUCUCUGGCUAAUCUGAUCAAAGACGAAAAUGGCGUGCGUAUUCAGCAUUCCUGCAAUGGCCUCCUCCUCAGUAGCAGCUUCCGGUGUCACGAGGAGGAUCGGAUUUACUAUAUCUGCACGCCUCCCACCAGGCAGUUCCUCCCUCUCCCCAAGCCCGACUGCAGGAACGUUUUUGGGAUCAACAUCGCCUUCGAUCCCUCCAAAGCCCUUUACCGGCUUGUGUGCAUCGCUGACUCCGAACUGUCGCCGUGGCACCGGCAGAUUCUCGUGUGCUCCUCGCACUUUGGCCGCUGGAGGAAGUCAGGGAUGCCGUUCCUCAUUUCAGAUGAGGUGUUGUUCAACCGGGGCGUGUUUUGGAAUGGUGGACUUCACUGGAUUGGCAGGGGAAGGUCUUCUCUCCGGUUCUGCGUGAAAGACGAGGUUUUGAUGGAGAUGACGAUGCCUCCAAUCCCCAAAGAGUGGUCCGAGAGGAAACCGGGCUACUUCGCGGAAUCAGGAGGCCAUCUCUAUUUGGUGGAGAUCUAUGGCUCAGUCACCACUGCCUUUGAUGUGAUGGAGAUGGCGAGGGACUACUCCGGCUGGUUCGUGAAGUACCAUGUCAAUCUUGAAGCGGUGGCGAGGGAUUUAGCGAGGAGUCUGCAGAGGAAUGUGGAUACGGUCGCCGCCUACGGCUUCUCUGUCCUGCAUAUUGUUCAUAGGCAAGUACGAGAGUCGGAAGAGUGUUUCAUGGUAUUGCGCAUCCCCAGCGAAUUUGUGUUGUAUGAUCUCAAGACAAACACGGCCAUGGACGUUGGUGUCUCAAUGCCCCAGCUUAAGAGCAUUGAACGGGAAAAUGGUUUGUUAUAUACCUGGGAAGGAGUCUAUCAAUACAUGGAUGCUCUUUGUUACCUUUGAUAUUUGUCAUAAAUUCAGAAACCACUGAAGACUUGGAUACUGAAGAUGGGUAUUGCCAGAGGAAGAUGCUCCAGAAAUAUAUGGGAAGUGAGUAAAUAAUUGGUGCACGUUUAAGGAUGAACAUCUCGUGUCCUUCUCUGUGGAGGAAACAGGUGAUGCGUUUAAGCUUAGCUAGGGCAGUCUUUUGAGCCCUGGCAGCCACUAGAGUACAUAUGUGGGAGCUUAUAGGCUAUUGCUAAGGAUUUUGUUGUUGAUGAUUAUCUUUCAAAAGAUUAGAAGCAAGAAUAUAGACAGAUUCUUGUUUUAGAGAGAUUACCUUCUAAACUUUUCUCUGCCUUCAUGUUGUAGGCUUUGCCAUGCACUCCCCUGUUGCUGGAUAUGCGAGUGAGUCCGCCA